UGGAAAGCCAAUACGUGAUCCCGAGAUUAUGAGUUCACAUUGGGAUCGAUUCCAGAUCCAUCCGUAUAUCGGUUGAUUAUGAGUUCACAUUAUGAUAGAUUCCAGAUCCAUCCGUAUAUCGCUUGAGUGACAAAUAAUAUAUCAUUGGUCAUUGAUUAACUGAAGCACCGAAUCGGGGGCGCGUGUCGGUUGGAUUGGGAUAAGCUGGGUAGGGUAGGGUAGGGUGUGCGUGACUCGAAUCACUCUGCUGGCUCUCGACAUUGGAGUUUUCCUUAUUAUACUUUCAUCUCCCUUCCCCUCUCCCUCUCCCUCUCCCUCUCACUCUCUCUCUCCGCCUCCGAUCGAUCGACUUCCAAUCACUCUUCAUAGCCGCACGCCUGUAGGGUACAUGGACGCUGUGGAGGCCACAUAUGUUUUUCAAGAUUGGGAGCUCCUCCCGACCGACUCGGAUCCCGACUCUCCCUCGGAUAGGAAGAUUUCCUUCGAUGAAAGUCACUCGGGAGCCUUACUCCGGGCCAAUCAUUUCUCACUAGACGCCCACGCUCCGAUACAGGAUUCCGACGAUGCUGAGAAAUCGCCCACCGUGGACGACGCAGGAAAUUGGAUUAAUCCCCGUUUCGAGGAAAACCCUAAACGCUCCCUCGACAACGAUUCAGGUGAGCCCCCGCUGGAUACCGGCAGCCAACUUUCCGAGGACAGAAUUUAUACCUCUUUGAAGAAUAGAACUGAAAUGGGGUUUUACAAAAGAGUACCAGAGGCAGUGAACUCUGAAGGAAUUCAACGGAUCGUUGAGGAAAAAGUUGAAAACCCGGGGGGUCACUUGCGGACCGCGGGCACUGUGGAGACCUCUGGCAACGUAAAUUUACGUGGUGAAAAUGAGAUUAUAGUUGCACGAAGGAAUGGAAACGAGAAGAUUGUAAGUGGAGGAGACAAAGGUGUAGGCGACUCAGGGUCAGGGAAAAAGGUGCCCCGUGAUAUUGAAAAGAAGAGCAUAGCAUGGUGGAAGAUGCCAAUGGAGCUCAUUAAAUAUUGUGCUUGUAGAAUGAAUCCUGCGUUGACUGUCUCUGUUGCGGCAGCUGUAAUGGGGAUUGCGCUUCUGAGCCACAGGUUGUAUAAGAUGAAGAAGAAAACUAGUGGAUUGAAAAUAAAGGUUACCGUCAACGAUAAGAAGGCAUCUCUUACCAUGAGCCGGGCUGCUCGGCUAAAUGAAGCUUUCUCAGUUGUGAAAAGAGUCCCAAUGAUUCGAACCUCACUGCAUGCUGGCGGUGCAACCACAAAUUGGCCGGUAAUGAGUUCAAGAUAAAUGAAGCACUUGUAGUAGAUGGUGAGAGUUGUCUGCAAGAUUAAUAGGCACCUAUUCCUCUGUAAAAUUGGUGUGUUUUAAUGUCUUUUUGAAAUUGUGGGUUCAGACAAUUGAGUACUUUUUUUGCUUCUGUGGAGAUAAUACGUGUGCUUAUAGUUACCACAACGUUUGAAAGCUAGCUGUAUGAUAUGUACUAUGUUGCUGCCUGGCGGAUGUUCGUAAAUGUUAUAGAGAUGGUUAUAAGUUUACCUACCA